ACAAGUACGAUAAAUGAUUGAGAUUUAUUUCACACGCUACUCUGACAAGUCAUUUUCAUCGAGGCACACGGCAUUUAUGCAAGUGAGCAUCUUUGUUUUGUUUUGUUUUGUCUUUUCUUUUUUCUUUUUCUUUUUUAUUUUUUUAUUUUUUUAUUUUUUUGAUUAGGAAGUAAAGAAUCUUUGUCCCAAAAAGCAAUGUUAAUGUCCGUUCACCAUGACAACGACCUCAAAGUUCAACUACACGCAAGGAUUGAUUAUUUUAUCAUAUACUAGAGUAAUGCUCUAGAUGGAUCGGAUUUUUUAACCAUUCUAACGGAUAUAAGCUUUCCACUUUAAACUUUUAUAUCAAUAAUUAUUACAUUAUUCGAUAACAAAUAUCUAUUGAUAAAUUUACUAUUAUCCUGUCAGGUCAACCAAGUAUAAAUGAAUUAUUUCAUUUUUAAUAAAUAUAUGAAGGAAAAAAGAAAAAGAAAAAAAAAAAAAAAAGUGACAGCAAACAAUAGGUAAAUAGUUAAAAAGAAAAAAGAAAAAAAAAAUCAUUUUUAACUACUUAAUUGAAAUUUAACUAUAUAGAGUAUUUACUAUGUGUUUGAAAACAAUACAACUAUGCUUACUAAUGAUUCAGAUUUAGAUCUUAAUACAUAGAAUUUGGCCUAUUAACUUUUUAAGAGAAUAUUGAUAAAUGUCAAUCUCCUUGUAAUGCUCAAAAUACAUUACAUCAUCGCCAAGGGGUCCAUUCAUUUGCAAAACGAAAUUUUCUCACUCUAACCACCAAAAACAAAACAAGAAGAAGAAAAGACAAAAAAAAGAAAAAAGGAAAUAAAAAGAAAUAAAAGGAAUCAGCAUUAAAGUUGAAAAAAAAAAAAAAAAAAAAAAAAAAAAAAAAAAAAACAAAUGGCACGAUGAAUUAGUAAAUAAAAAAUUAUAGUAAAAAUAAUAGAGACCUGAAAUUUUGAGGAUAUCCAUACCUCCUUUGACGGAAACUUUUUUUUUUUUUUUUUCAAACUAUAAAUUUACAAAAAUUAGUUGAGGCAUUCAUCAAACAUAUUGACUUCAACAAUUGGUAAUUAGUUGAAUAGUAUAAUUUUUCUAUUCUCAAAUAAGAGGCAAGUGUUAUGUUACCCAAGUAAUUGGCUUGCUCUCCGUAUUUGGAAGCCUGUGUUCGAAUCUUACACCCUCCCCCUUUUCACUAACUCAUAAUAUUCUUGUCAAUAUAUAUAUAUAUACACACACACACAAAAUAAGAGGGAAGGGGUUCUAGCAAGGCCAUUAGUAAGGAAAAAAAAAAUGGCAUGAGGGAUUAUGAUGCUUAAUAUCCACGACGAAAAGAUUAAGAAAAAUGAAAAAUAAAAUUACAAAUUGCCAUCCGAAUGGUUAUAUAUACCCUGCCCACCUUCCCCUUGGUUACAUACACAACUUUUCCUUCUUUUCUUGUUAAUGUUUGCUUAAUUUGCUUCCCUCAUUUCCUUUCUUCCACUGCUACCAUAAACGACCCUCAUAACCUUCAUUGGGCAUCGGCUUCAACCAAGGCCAAAGCUUAAAGGAUACCAUGAAGAAGAAGCAUGUUACUGUCGGUCCCUUUGGAGGCCAAGGAGGAAAGCCAUGGGAUGACGAAAUUUACACCGGCAUAAGGCAAUUAAUUAUACGCUCCGGUAUAGUAAUCAACUCCAUCCAAAUUGAGUAUGAUCAGAAUGGACAGUCAAAAUUAUCCAAAAAGCAUGGUGGUAAAGGCGGAGGGGAGAAGACGGUCAAAUUUGACUACCGGUCUGAAUAUCUCCUUUCAAUCUGGGGCUAUUAUAGUUCGGAUUGUGCACUGACAUGUGUUCAAUCUCUCACAAUUGAAAGUAAUCAGAGAAUAUACGGACCAUUUGGUACAGAGAAAGGAAAAUAUUUCAAGUUUCCAUUAACAAGUGGCAAGAUUGUAGGAUUUCAUGGUAGAUCUCAUCACUAUCUUGAUUGCUUUGGAGCAUAUUUGGAGCCAAGUUCAGAUCCCAAUCAAUCCAAAUCUGUUGAGUCAUUCCCAUAUACACGCCAACAAACAGUUGUUGGACCUUUCGGAGGCUACGGUGGAGAUCAGUGGGACGAUGGUAUUUACACUUCAGUGAGACAGUUUAUCAUAUAUGCUGGAGUAGUGGUUGAUUCCAUACAGAUUGAGUAUGAUAAGAAUGGAGAGUCAGUAUGGUCUCAUAAGCAUGGAGAAAGUACUGGCGGGAACAAACAAACGGUUAAAUUUGACUAUCCAAAUGAAUUUCUUCUUUCAAUCUCGGGCUACUACAGUUUGGAAUCUGCAUUUGUUGCACUCCAGUCACUCACAAUUCAGAGCAAUAAAAGAACGUAUGGACCAUUUGGCAGUGAAAUCGGGAACCAUUUCACAUUCCCGACAUCAUAUAUUGGCAGCAAAAUUAUUGGACUUCAUGGAAGGUCUGGUUCUCAUCUUGAUGCGAUUGGUGCAUAUUUAAUGUCAAGGCGGAUUUCAUCUCCAAGCUGAUUUGGGAAGAUUGUUGAGUUCUGUGGAAGGUCCGGACACUGUCUUGAUUCCAUCGAAGCACAUUUUUAGUUGUUCGAACCACUUUAAUUAUAUAUACUAGUAUUUGGAUCAAUAAACCUGUGCUUGCAUUGGAUGUGAUCAGAAUAAUGGAUGCUCUGUGUUGUACUUCCUUGCUAAAGCUAGCGAGGUGCAAAUAGUAAAGGCAACACAGUAAUUUCCUAGUUCA